AUGGCGGGCAGGGCAGUUGGCGGCGGAGGAGAUCCUCCCGGCGGCGGCGCGUCGACACGGCGGCGCUGGGAGGUCGUUCCGUCGGGGGUCGCCGUUGUCGAGGUGGUGAGGUCAGCCCGGGGUGGGGCGUUGGCUCUCUUGAUCCAGGCGGGAUCGAGGGAGGGCAUGGCAGCUCGGGUCGAUGGCCCUGCCAACGCGACGGAUCUAGGGUCGUCGUCGCCCUUUCGAAGCUCCCUCUCCUCCCUGCUUUCUUCAUGUCGUGCCAGCCACCAGCUGCGCGCGUGGGCUCGUGCGACGGCAACAGCGGCGCGACGCUCGCCUUUGGCGUGCUGGAGCCGCUCAACUGCGAGCGAGGGCUCAUGCGGCGCUCCUCUGCGCGCGUCGUUCAUGCUCUUGGACGUGGGGAGGGCGGUGGUUCUCGCAACGAGGGAUGGCGCAUCCUGUGCUCGAGCUGUUUGUGUCUGCGAGUGGAGCUCGCCCAAAAAGUACUCCUCGGGCGUCCCGCGGGCCCCUGCGCGGGGAGCCUGCUGCGGGGGCCAACGAGGAGGUGUCGAUUCAGAUUGCCAGGCCCGACUACUCGCGUGGCGUCGGGGGGGGGGGACGGGAGGGCAGAAGCCUAUGGACGAGGAGGCCUCCGCAGCGCAGGGCAACGAGGUCGGCGCGGGCGGCAGGAGCGGGGGAGGGGGACUAGUCGUACCUGGGCUACGCCGUGCAGCGCCUGGCCAGGUGGGUGGACCACGCGUUGCCUUUCUCCCUGCUCCUGCACAGCGUCUUCAUCCGCCAACACCUGUAAGCUGGUCAGAAGAUGAUGGCAAGUUCCUAAUUCCAAUAAAGUUUAUAUUGUGUAGGUUUCUUCGUGAUGAUUUGGAUUUGUGCAGUCAUGUUCAAGUCCAACGAUAUCUUGUGCAAGCACACCGCUCUCAAGGCUACAGGGUUGGGGGAGCGAUGGUGCCAGUCAUGUCGGGGUCCGGUUUCGGUCAAUACCAAAGACUGCGAUGCCUCACCGUGGCUACAGGUUGA